AUGGGUAGGAAUCAGCGUGGAAAGUGCAUCUUCAGGGUCAGCUUGCAGGUGGGAGCAAGGGAGAAGUUCCUGCUGCUCUGUAUUCGUCGUGUGCUCGUUCCUCACCUGCUAUGCUCGCAGACUGUGAAGAGGCCUACGAUUCAAGACGAUGACAAGCCUUUGCCUCCCAUCAUUCUGUUCGGCAACAUCACGAGCGCCAACUGUGGGAUUAACAUGACUAUGAAUGCAACUUCCAUGAAUUUUGAGGUGUACUACUCCAAGGCGAUGCACUACACCCUCAUGGUGACAGCAGCCUCGUUCAUGCAAGUCUUGCUUCUUGUUCGUCAGAUCGAGUACUCCAACUCAAGGACAAGCGCCAUCAAAGUCUCCCUGCUGACUAUCGGACAGCAGGCGAUCAUGGAUUCAUACUUAUGUUUGAUGCACUUGACAACGGGGAUCGUGGUAGAGGCCCUGUUCAACGCCUUUGCGACAGCAGCGUUCUUCAAAUUCAUGAUCUUCUCCAUCUUCGAAAUGAGAUAUUUGCUCAUCAUCUGGAAAGCGCGUCGUCCUCACGGCUUCCAAGAGGGGUGGAAUAGCAUGCGGCGAGAGCUCUCGAUGCUUUACUCAAGGUUCUAUGGCUGCCUCCUCGCAGGGAUAGUAUUGAUCUACCAGAUGCAGAGAUACACGGGAGCGCUUGUGCUGCUGAUCUACAGCUUUUGGGUCCCUCAGAUCAUUCAUUCGAUCCAUCAUGAUCAUAGAAAACCUCUUCUGUUGAGGUACAUCAUUGGGAUCUCUUGUACCAGGCUUCUCAUCCCCCUGUACGCCUUCGCCUGCCCCUACAACUUCCUUCACUCCGAGCCAAAUUAUUCCCUAGCCUUUGCUCUCGUCGCUUGGGUUGGUUUCCAGGUUGCUGUCCUGGUCGUCCAGCACUACAAGGGGCCUCGUUUCUUCAUCCCUCGCAUCUUCAGACCCGAGAAGUACGACUACUACAGGAGAAUACCGAUGGAAUCACCUUCGGAAUCGCAAGAUUGCGCCAUUUGCAUGAUGUCAGUGGGCGGCAGUCACGACACGAGCCCGAGGGUCGUCACACCCUGUGACCAUGUCUUCCAUCAGGACUGUCUCAAGAGGUGGAUGGAGAUCAAGUUGGAGUGCCCUGUCUGCAGGAGGACUGUUCCGGACAUUGACGACGACUGA